AUUUCUGCUUCCAGCAAUGGACUCCUACCAGCAGAGGGGAGUGCGGUGGAUGUACGAGUGUCACCAUGUCUAAGGAUCCAAGUGCGGCGCUUUGACAAAGAUGUCCCGGGUGUAGGGCUCAGGCUCCGGAUUUCGCGUCGAAACGGAACCGAUUUACGAGCGAAAACCCAGCAAGCCGACACCACAAAGCAUGGCUUCGAUGGGCGAACCGGUUAGGCUGGAAAGAGAUAUCUCGCGGGCCGUCGAGCUGCUGGAGAAGCUGCAGAGGACAGGGGAACUGCCCCCGCAGAAGCUGCAGGCGUUGAAGAAGGUGCUCCAAAGCGAGUUCUGCAAUGCCGUGAGAGAGGUGUACGAACACGUUUAUGAGACGGUGGACAUCAACAGCACCCCAGAAGUCCGCGCCAAUGCCACUGCCAAGGCCACUGUGGCAGCAUUCGCGGCCAGCGAGGGACACUCCCACCCCCGCGUCGUCGAGCUGCCCAAGACGGAGGAGGGCCUGGGUUUCAACAUCAUGGGGGGCAAGGAGCAGAGUUCACCCAUUUACAUCUCACGCAUCAUCCCCGGGGGUGUCGCCGACCGGCAGGGAGGCCUGAAGAGGGGGGACCAGCUGCUGUCCGUCAACGGAGUGAGCGUGGAGGGCGAGCACCACGAGAAGGCCGUGGAGCUCCUCAAGGCAGCCCACAGCACCGUCAAGCUGGUGGUCAGGUACACGCCCAAGGUCCUGGAGGAGAUGGAGUCGCGCUUCGAGAAGAUGAGGUCUGCCAAACGCCGCCAGCAGAACGUCUACAGCCCGUAGCCGUCGGUCUCCGGGCUCCUUCCGCUCCACCUUUCCUGUCCUCUCUCCUCCGUCACUCUUUGUUUUUCUGUCUGUCCCCAUGCUCUGCAUCGAAUCACCCUCACUUUCUCACUGGAUAUGCGUCCAUCAUACUUUAGAGAGUUUUUCGCCACAUAGAGUUUGUGUCCAUAUCUAAAGACAUGCUUCAGUGGGACCACACCCCCCCCCCCAAAAAAAAAUAUAAAAUCAGUGUAUAGUUUAUGACAGAUUUUCCUUUAUUUGUAGUACGUACCAAAAGCUUCCAUGUUACUAUGAAUAUGGAACAACUUUUACAGGGAACACACUAACCUGUAUUACUGACCAAGACUCAAAAGGCUUGAAUUUAACUCUGUCUCAAUGGAAAAUAAUAAGAGGUAGGAUAUAUAAGUUCUUACUGUUUUAUCAGCAUAAAUAAUAAUUGGUUCAGUGACAGUACAUAGGCAGCUUUCCAAAUGGAUCUUUUUAUCAAUUUUUAAGAGAGUAGAAUAAUAAUAUUUGUGAUUUUUUUUUUUCCACACUUGAAGUCAUAUUUGGAAUUAGGAAUGAUCGUCUUUUUCUGUCUGUAUGAUGAAUAUUGGAGGCCCUGCAAGUAUUGCAUGAUUCUAUGGCAUGUUUUGCUACCUUUUGGAAUGUAUGAGAUUAUCCUGUACAUUCUCUCCUCUCUUUUGUGACCCGUUCGGAGUUUCCUGAAUAAGGGCUCUAGAAUUUUAACCCCUGACCUCGUAAGAAACACACACGGAUGGAAGACCACAAGAAGCUCCUUUUUGUAUCACAGUGUGGUCUGUAUAAUCUUACAGUAUUUGCAUAAGCUCACAAAAAGCCAGCUAGCAGCUGGUGACCCCAUAUGGUGUUGCGUGGUGCAAUUGGACAGUCUGCCUGGGACCCUCUGCAUGCACAUGUGCGUCUUUGAAGGUUAAUUUCCUUACAGGAUGCUUCCGAUGGGAUUGGCGUGCAUGUCAAUGUAUGUGUGCACCUCUGCCAUACAGAAAUGCAGAUCACUUUCCAUAAGGUUUCCCCACGUGUAACCUGGCAGGUGGAUUAACUUUCCAUGGGUUCCAAGGUGCUCUUCCAACCCGCAGUGUAGAUAUACUACUGUAGCACUUGUCUGUACUGACGUCAUAGUGACGACGACGAAUCAUCGUUAAAGUGCAUUUGAUGGGAACUUUAGCCAUUUUUCUUGAGGACUGGAGUUCAGUCGGCAUCUAUCUACUUACCUCUACCAUGCAAGCAUAAAGAUCUGCCAUAAACAUGGGUGUACACACACACAUUGAACCCACACUAAUUAAUAAAGCAAUUUAUAUGAGAAAUCCUAUGCAAAAUGACUUCUGACUGAGCUAUAGUUUUAACAACCUUUCAGUGUAAGACUUUUAAAAAUAAAACUAAGGUGCAAGCAAGAGUCGUGUGUUUUUCAUGUAACAAAAUCAAUUAAUGUCAUCUUCAUUUUUUCUCUUAUUCAUAAGACAUUUAUCUUUGUAAAUUUAAAACUGAUAAAUUGUGCUUGUUUAAGAUUAUAUGUGGCUGUUUUUGUAAGAACUCUCGUUUUCUUGUAUUUUUGGAGCAUUUUGAAUGUACGAAAUAUUUCAAAUUGUAUUGUUUUUAAAGAGCUAGUUCAUAAUUCUCAGUGGUCGUGUUCCUUUCACAAUAUGCGACCUGAAAUAUAAUGAAGGCUUAAAAACCUUUGAUAAAGGAGCAAUAGUCAAUCUGAAAUAUUUGUCAUUUGUCACAAAUCAGCGAUAUACCAAUGUUGGGGUUCAUUUUCAAGUCCUUCCCAAAAGAGUUAAAAAAAGUUAUAUCUGUGUUUAUCUUUGAUAUUCUCCUUUUUGAUAAGAAAAUCUAUAAGUCUAUUUGAAUACAUAUUUGUGACUGAUAUAGUAAAAAUACACCAAAUUAACUAGCAGGUUUUAAGUCAUUUUAAUGUUCCUUAAGAAAUAUGUUUUGCCCCCCCACUCCCCACCACAAGCACUAUGUGUAAACUGAAGCAAACUGACGAUGACUUUGUUGGGUGAUGCAUAAAUAAAUAAUAUACGUACAAGACUAUUUUGUGCUGAUUACUUUCACUAGACUAUUAAAAAUAAUCGCUGAUAUUGUUAGUGCAGAUAUAUUUAAAUAUGCUGAUUCCAGAAGUACUGACCGUGAUUUGCCUCAUGAAAUGUGUUCAACGAAACGUAGCAUUGAGGAAUGUUUCAUUGUUCAGUGGUUAAUAAAGGUGUCUCAACAAAA